CGCCGCCGCCCCAGCCCGCGCUCUCCCCUCCCCGCCGGGGCCCUCAGCCGAGGCCGCAGCCAUGCCGGUGACAGUGACCCGCACCGUCACGACCACCACGACAUCCUCAGGCCCGACUAUCGUGGGGUCCCCUCGGGCCCUGACGCAGCCCCUGGGUCUCCUCCGCCUGCUGCAGUUGCUGUCCACCUGUGUGGCCUUCUCACUGGUGGCCAGCGUGGGUGCCUGGAUAGGGCCCAUGGGCAACUGGUCCAUGUUCACCUGGUGCUUCUGCUUUGCCGUGACCCUGGUCAUCCUCAUGGUGGAGCUAGGGGGUCUCCAGGCCCGCUUCCCCCUGUCCUGGCGCAACUUCCCCAUCACCUACGCCUGCUAUGCCACCCUCUUCUGCCUCUCGUCUUCUAUCAUCUACCCUACCACCUACGUCCAGUUCCUGUCACAUGGCCGCUCCCGGGACCAUGCCAUCGCCGCCACCGUCUUCUCGUGCAUUGCCUGCAUGGCUUAUGCCACUGAGGUGGCCUGGACCCGGGCGAGGCCCGGCGAGAUCACCGGCUACAUGGCCACCGUGCCAGGGCUGCUCAAGGUGCUGGAGACCUUCGUGGCCUGCGUCAUCUUCGCCUUCAUCAGCGGCUCCAGGCUGUACCAGCACCAACCAGCCCUGGAGUGGUGUGUGGCCAUCUACGCCAUCUGCUUCAUCCUGGCCGCCGUGGCGAUCCUGCUGAACCUGGGGGAGUGCACCAACAUGCUGCCCACCCCCUUCCCCACCUUCUUGUCCGGGCUGGCCCUGCUCUCCGUCCUCUUCUACGCCAUCGCCCUGGUCCUCUGGCCCCUCUACCAAUUUGAUGAGAAGUACGGCGGUCAGCCGUGGCGGUCCAACGACAGGAGCUGUGGCACAAGCCACACGUACUACGUGUGCAACUGGGACCGCCGCCUAGCCGUGGCCAUCCUCACCGCCAUCAACCUGCUGGCCUAUGUGGCUGACCUGGUGCACUCGGCCCACCUGGUGUUUGUCAGGGUCUGAGGCCAGGCCCUGGGAUCCUGGCUCCCUCCAACUUUAUUCUUCUCCUGAGUUGGCUUUCCUGAGUUUGAUGUCCUCUUUCUGUCUCCCUCUCUCUCUCCUUUUCCCACGCCUCUGCUCGCUUCCCUCCUUUCUGGAGUUCUCUCCUUGCCUCCCUGUUUUGCCCGGUGACCUGAGAUCCAGGUUGGCCUCCGGCCUGUUACUAUUUCCCCUCCACUUCUCUUCCACUGGUUCUGCUUUUUGUCUCCUGGUGGAUCUUCGUAGCUGUUUUCUCCUCUGCCAGUUUGCUGACCACCUCCUACUCUGAUUUCUGACUUCCUCCUCCGGAGCCCUGAGACGACUUUCUUCUCUCCUCCCACCCCCCUACCUCCAAAGGUGCUGAGCUCCACGCCACACACCCCUCUUUUCAGCUGUUCAUGCCCUGGGCCUCCCAGGGGGCCUCCUUGCCAAAGCAUGCCUGCCCGCCCCGGCUGUGCCUUAGUUAGUGUGUAUGUGUGUUUUUUGGGGGGUGGGGGUAGGGAGCUAUGGAUUGGACCCCCUUUCUCCCAGGGGAGGGGGGUGCACAGUGCACCUCCCUUUAAGUUAAAAUAAAACACUCUCUGGAGGACCAUCAUUUCCAGUGGGCGGGAGGCUUCAAGCACAGACCCUAGGUCCCCAGGCCUCCUCCUGGCUGGCCAUGUCCGGAAGUUUUGCCUGGCUUACAAAAACCCACUGCAUAGAAGCCAUUUUAGCAGAAGGGGCAGGGGGAUGCAUCAAAAAAGCUGACAAAGAACCACAUGAUCUUGAAGACAAUGGCCUGAAGUAUUUGUGAGGGGCUGUGGGAUGGUCCCCCAGCCUAUGUGUUAUAAGUAGCUUGUCCCUCCUCUGUAGGGAGAAAAGAAAAUGGCCACUGCUGGCCUUAAAGGCAACGUUGGCCAAGGGGUUAUGUUUUUUUUUUUUUCUUAGUCCUGAACUCAAAGGCAAACAUGACUGUGGGGAAAGUUCUUAAAAAAAUUUUUUGUUGUUGGGUGGGGGGGAACUGUUGCUGCCGUAGUUACAAUUGCACUGCUUGAGUGAGUGGAUGGAACAUACAGGGGUGUUUCUGUGUGCUAGUUGCUUCCUGCUGCUGCUUGCUUCUCUGGGACUCACGCAUAAUGUGAUAUAUAUAAAUGUAUAAAUAUAUAUUUUAUUUUUUUUUAAUUCCCUGGAGCUUCUAGUUCCAAGCAGCCCCUCUGGAAGGCACCAGAGAAAACAGCCUUGGGACCACUUCCACAUUCAUAAUGUUGUUUUUUUUUUUACCUCAAUAUAAAGAUAAAAGAAAAACUGCUUGCUUUAUUACUGGGAAGGUCUCCAGGAUAGAAAACAAGGCCUGGAUUCCUGGGACUGGUUGGAGAAGGGGAUUGAAGGAGGCCAAGAUAACUCUGGCCUCGUCAGAAAAUAGAGCUGAGUCUGGAUCUCUCAAGUUUGCUUCUCAAGCCAGGAGAGCUGGUUAGGACAGAAAGGAAGACCUCUCUCCACCGUGUCCCAUGAGCAACUCAGCACCUCAGAUAAACAGUGUCCAAUGGAGUCCAGCAUCCCUAAAAUCAACUCUUCCGGGCUCCCCAUCUCAAUAAUUAGCCUCUCCAGGCAGAGAACACGUCUUUGUGUCAGUUCAAACACUUGAACUCACCAAAGGCGCAACAAACACUUGACUAUUCUCCCUCCUAAAGACUUUGAUAUCUGGGCCUCCCCUGGUGGCAGCAGCGGUUGAGCGCUGGGUUGCG